UCCUUCGUCCUUCCCGUCCCUCGAUCGUUCACAUCUCCCCGCCCAUCUGAGUAUUGGCAACGUGAGGCGCGCGGCGCACAGCGUGGACUUGGAGAUGUCUUGGCAGCAUUACGCACGACGCCACGACAGACGCGAAAGAGCCUCCCUUGCAGACGGACGGGGACGCUCUCAAGUCGGACUGGACUCGACUUUCAACUUUUGAUUCGGAAACCACUUCUCUUCCGCCUCUUUAAGACGCUUGCUCUCAUCUUCCCCCCCUCGGAUCUUCCCUUCACAGCAGCAGCAGCAGCAGAAGGGGGUCUGGAUGACUUCUCCUCCUCUUGUCCUCGGGUCACGGUGACUGUUAACAGGAAUGGAAACGAUGUAAACAGCGACGGGAGGAAACGAACUCUAUAGAAGAGCAACAGUUUUUUUCUUUCUUUUCUUUUUUUUUUUUUUUUUUUUCAGUUGAGAGCGAUCACAGGAAAAGAGGAUGAUCCCGCCGGCCAAUAUGAUUCAGGACGAAAGUGGGGGUAAAGAGGACGAACAGGACCAGGAUGAGACACCAAAAUCCCCGACGGCGAACGCCAGCCAGGAAACCAAGAAUACUGUGAGGCCUGAACUCCACAAGCGCAAGCUGCAAAGACUCAAGCGCUCCCUGUCCUUCAAGACCAAGAGCAUACGCAGCAAGAGCGCCGACAACUUCUUCCGGACGAGCUGCGAGAACAAGACGGAGCUGCUCUCCGACGUGAGCAGCAGCACGGGCCAUCUCUGCAACAUUGGGAUGGCCCCGCCGCACACCACCAGCCUCCCCAUCCCUCCGGUCCCGCCGGCCAUUCCCAGCGCCCCGCCGCCCACGUCGCGCUCCCAGUCGCGCAACCCGCUGCAGGUGGACUCGGCGGGACACUGCUUCAUGGAGCACAUCUUCAAGAAGCCCACGUUCUGCGACGUCUGCAACCACAUGAUUGUAGGUACAACAGCCAAGCACGUGGUGUUCCUGGCGGGAAACACGGCGAAGCACGGCCUCCGCUGCAAAGCCUGCAAGAUGAGCCUCCACCACAAAUGUGAGAAUGGAGUGGGUCAGCAGCGCUGCAUGGGGAAACUGCCGAAAGGCUUCCGCCGGUACUACAGCUCUCCGUUGCUGAUCCAGGAACAGUACGGCUGCAUCAAAGAAGUCAUGCCCAUCGCCUGUGGGAAUAAAGUGGACCCUGUCUAUGAAGCCCUGAGGUUUGGGACAUCGCUGGCUCAAAAGGCCAAGAGAGCCAGCGGCUCCGAGUCUCCACACAGAAACUCUACCAGUGAUUUGGACAAGGUUCCAGAGGAAGUGGUGGCUCACAGCAGUAGGCAGGAGCUUUCAAGAAAACCCAGCGAUGACGUUUUUGCAGUGAUUGAGAAUGGGACGGAGCAUUACCACCUGCCAGAGAGACAACUUGACAGUUUGCAGAUGGAGCAGAGCCAGCUGCAGAAAGACGUCCUCAAGCUCAACACCUACGUGGCCUUGUUCAGCUUCGCCCCGCAAGACAGCCACGACCUGGAGAUGAGUGCAGGAGACAGGAUCUUAUUAGCUGACGACUCCAACGAUGACUGGUGGAAGGGGGUAAUCGAGGACAGGAUAGGUUUCUUCCCAGCAUCCUUUGCUCAUCAGCUGCGGGCUGGAGACCAAGUGUUCAGGUGCAACAGGACGUUCAUCGGCUGCAAGGAACAAGGCCAGAUAACCCUGAAGGAGGGACAGAUCUGUGUGAGCAGCGAGGGCGAACGCAGCGGCUUCAUCCGAGUGGCGAGUGGAAAGAAGAGAGGCUUCGUGCCCUGUGACGUUCUGGAAAUCAUCUGAGACGGACGCUCGGAGAAGUGACGAAAGAGAAAAGGAGAGAAAGGGGGUCGGCAGGCAGGCAGGCAGGCUCGGGCACCUGGAGGUCAGGGGAGUGGGGGAGUGCACCUCAUCAGGAGAGGAGCCUGGACUUGAGUCGGUGCUCGUUUUGGUCACUGGAGACUCUUGCUUUGUUGCAGGCCUACCUCUCGGUGAAGAGAGAGAUGCCGGGACGGCGAACUGGUCAAACAUUUGCGAGGAGACGGGGGAUCACUGUGUCACUGGAUUUGAUUUAAUUUAUAAGGUCUUAUGUGUGUCGAUUUAUUUCCUCUUUAGCUUUGUUCAGCCACGGAUUGCUUUUAGAGGCGGUGCUGCAGACUGGCGUGCAGUUAGCAAGAUACAAAUACUUUUUAGGUUUCAGUACAUACAGUUGAAUUCCUUCUUUAAGUAGUUUAGUUUCUUAUCCUUUAAUAUUAUGUUGCAAGGAAAGGUGGAGCUAAGCCAAAUGUAGUCAACACUGAAAAGGCUCUGAAAUGAUGAUUAAUGGAAAAUGAAUUAGAAUAAAUAAGCCUCUUGUUUUCCCUCAAAAUAUUUUUUCAAAACUAUGCUUAAUAUUUAAUCUCUAGUUUACAAUUACAGUCCCAUGACAGAACUAAAAAAAACAGGUUGUUCUGUAGUGGAUGAGAAACAGCAAAGACAUCAGGGAGUGCUUUCAGGCUGACAGGAAUUUUUAAAAUUCUUAAUAGUCUUCCCAAAAUAUCGCCUUUCGUACUCCCUGUCUUUUAUUUAACUGCAACCAGAUUAAAUAUAAAACAAAUAAAGAAAGAACAAACAAAAGAAAUUAAAGAUGCAUUCACCACUUUUCUACUGUUUUUUGUUUUGUCUCCCUAGCCAGAUUCAUCUUUCAUGUCCUGUCUUUUUUUUUUUUUUUUUUCCCUCUGAUGUAUGAAUCUUUAUCUUUUGCCCCCCUCAGAGUUUUAUAUCUCGGCUACAUUUGAAGCAGAACAGAGGCCGUUUUUGAAUGACUUAAUCAUGAUCUGCUGGGUGUGGCCUGUGAGCUUGUAAGAAAACGGUGCAUUUUCUCAGCCGGCGCGUUCAUUUUAAAUGUGUUCACUCGUGUGGUUUUCCUUUCUCUCUCUCUCGGCACAGCCCGCUCUGAACAGGACUCCUUCGACUUUUAGCGAGGCGUGUUUAUGGCAAAGUGUUGCAUCGUAGUAGAUAUAGUAUAUCUGUCAAAGGUUGUUUUGCACUGAAACUUGGCUUUUUUUUUCAAUGUCCAAGAAUGCUUUAAUGUACAUAGUGUAUGUACGAGAUUAAAAUUCCUUCUUUAUCACAGUAA